AUGCCUAUUCGGGACGAAGCGAAGUCACGUGCACAGAACCAGCGCCAAGUCCAUCACGUGGCCAUCAGCCAAUCAGAGGCGGUGCGGUCUGUCGUCCAUUUGCCAGUGGACUGGAGACUCAUCUUUCUUCCAAUUUCGCCCCUGAUGUUCGUUGCCAUCGAGCUGACAAUUCGCUUCCUCAACCCCAGCUUGCCGUUGUAUGCAGCACAAAGGUCUCUUGGUCCGUCGGACUUCCUAUCGCCCCUAUUAUCUCAGAACCCUACCUCGAAUGAGCCUGUUUUGAGAUCCCCGACGAGAGUGGCCUGGGCCGCCUUUAUCCACGAGUUCCACUCAUAG